CAUCAUCCCACUCGAUGAUCUGGUCGAGACCAGGAUUUGGUCCGCCUUGCAUGCCGGUAGUGUCCCACGUCGACACCCUCCCCUGGAAGCUAGGCAAAAUGACGCAAAAAGAAAAAAGAAAAAAAAGAAAACCAGGUUAUGCCGAGUCCUCGGCCCACAGAAACCAGAAGGUUGUGGCCCUGUCUGCGCACCUUCAUCGAGCACAUGUCAGAGUCGACCAUUUUGAGAUUUGUUUACCUGAGUUCGUCCAUCUGCAGCGGUUGGCAGUUCACCAUUCCCUGAGGAUCGAUCUAGCCGUCAACCCCUCACAGAGCAGAGACAAUGGCAACACAGACAACGACGACCCAAGGCGUCGAGACUCCCUUGAUUGGGCGCCGACCGCAGAGGCUCUCCCUCCUCCAUGGACCGACAGAUCCCCCACUUGUGGACUUGACCCUGGGCGAGCUCCUCAACCUCCAAUGCCUCCAUCACGGUACCGAAGAGUGCCUGAUCAUUCCCUGGACGGGCGCAAGAUGGACAUACAAUGAACUCAACCACCAGAGCUGCUUGCUGGCGAGGGCUCUGCUGGAGAUGGGGAUCGGCGUGGGAGAUCGAGUCGGCAUCAUGGCAGGCAACUGUGAGCAAUAUGCUGCUGUCUUCUUUGCCGUAACCCGCAUCGGCGCGAUUCUGGUCAUCCUGAACAACACCUACACCGCUACCGAAGCUCAGUUUGCCUUGGGCUUUUCUGAGUGCAAGGUCCUGUUCACGACGAAGAAAAUCCGACGACUCGAUAAUGGAAAACUCCUCUCCCAACUCUCUGCAGAGGGGCAAGGGCCACGAAUAAUAAUACUAAGGGGAGAUUCAGAGGGCUUUGCAAGCUACGACGAGACUCUUCUGCGCGGUCCCAAGGCCAGCUCCGCCGUUUUAUGUCAAGUCGAGAGCAAGGUUCUCCCCCAUCUCGUCUGCAACCUCCAGUUCACGAGCGGCACAACCGGGCUUCCCAAAGCUGCCAUGUUAACACAUCACAACGUGGUGAAUAAUGCCCGCUUCAUAGGAGACCGCAUGCGACUCACGCCCGACGACAUUCUCUGCUGCCCUCCCCCUCUAUUCCACUGCUUCGGGCUGGUCCUGGGCCUCAUGUCAGUCAUCACGCACGGCGCCAAGAUCACGUAUCCAGCCGAGAUAUUCGACGCGAAAGCGACCCUGAAGACCAUCCGCGACGAGCAAUGCACGGCAGUGCACGGCGUGCCCGCCAUGUUCGACAGCAUCCUCGCCCUCCCCGAAGCCAAAGACCUGGACCCGUCCAUGCUGAGCCUGCGCACGGGCAUCAUCGCCGGAGCGCCGGUACCCCGCUACCUCAUGGAGCAGCUCGUCUCCCGCCUUGGCAUGACCGAGUUCACUUCCAGCUACGGGCUGACCGAGGCAUCACCGACGUGCUUCAACGCCUUCACCGACGACCCCAUCGACACCAGGCUCGCGACGGUGGGGACGGUGAUGCCCCACGCGCAUGCGAAGAUCGUGGAUAUAGACGGGCAGAUUGUCCCGGUUGGGACCCGCGGGGAGCUGUGCAUGGCCGGGUAUCAGCUCCAGGCCGGGUACUGGAAUAACUCGGAGAAGACCGCCGAGGUCAUGAGGAGGGACGAGUUCGGCGUGCUGUGGCUGCACACGGGCGACGAGGCGGUCUUCGACGAGAGGGGAUACUGUACGAUCACGGGACGGUUCAAGGAUAUCAUUAUCAGGGGUGGCGAGAACAUCUAUCCCCUGGAGAUCGAGGAGCGAUUGAUGGCACACCCGGCCCUGGCGCUGGCCGUGGUGGUGGGGUUGAAAGACGAACACUACGGAGAAGUCGUCGGGGCAUUCCUGGCACCGGAUAACGGGCAUCCGCGGCCGGCGGACGGCGAGAUCCGCGACUGGGUCAGGCGCAAGCUGGGCAAGCACAAGGCGCCGACGCACGUGUUCUGGCUCGGCUUGGAUGGCGUACCGAGCCAAGUGCCCCUGACGGGGAGUGGCAAGGUGCGCAAGUUCGAGAUGGCGCAGCUCGGUAACAACUUGUUGCAGGCGAGGACGGUGUCGAAGCUUUGAUGAAUGCGAUCAUGAACGGGAUUUUUGCGAAUUUUUCUACCCCUGUAAUCCGUACCAAGGCUCGCAUUCUGCAUGGUUGAUUACGUAGGUAUGCGUAGACAAAAAAGAACAUACUGAUGGCUCGCAGCCAAUCAACCUCGUCCGGUGUUUCAGAACGCCCAUCUUCAUUGAACUCACCGCCAAAAAGUGGGAGACCAUGCAGCUUCCCAGGCGGGUCC